AUGGCGAAAAGAGAUUUCACUGUUGACAGCAUCAUGGUGACUGGAUCCAGUUCGGGAAUUGGUCUAGGUCUGGUGAAGCAGUUUCUGAAGCUGCCGACUCCACCCCAGUGGAUCUUUGCUGCAGUCCAUGACAGGGAUGAAGAAAAGAACAGGGAAAUAAAUAACUUGGUAUCCCAAAACUCAAAUCUGGUGUUGCUGUACUUAGAUGUCACUGAUCGCAAGAGCAUCGUGGCAGCUGCGGAGGAAGUCCAAAAGUAUGUUGGUGGAAGUGGGCUGACCCUCCUGAUGAACAAUGCUGGCCUUAUGUUUAACACCACCCUGCAGGAUGAAACUGCAAAGGAGAUGGCGGCUGAAUACGCCGUCAAUACUAUUGGGCCGCUACAAGUGAGCCAGGUGUUUCUGCCCCUGCUGAAGAUGGCAGCGGAGAGAAGUCCCCAGGAAGGCCUGAGCUGCAGCAAGGCAGCCAUUAUCAAUACAUCCAGCAGUGGAGGCUCCUUCGAACUCAUGGGACAAUUUAACAGGCUUCAGAAUAUUGGCUACCGCUGCAGUAAGACUGCGUUAAACAUGCUCACCAGGUGCCAGUCACUCGUGUAUAAAACGUUUGGGAUUCUGUGUAUUUCCAUCCAUCCUGGCUGGGUAAAAACUCGUGAUCCAGAGGCGGACUUGACUGUGGAAGAGAGCACUCAAGGAAUCAUGAAUGUGCUCUCCAGGCUUUCUGAAGAAGAUAACGGUACCUUUGUAGACUGGGAAGGACGUAGAGUUCCCUGGUGAGGCGUUUGUCUCCCGACGUUAUGGGGCUUCCUACACUGUCUACCGAGGCUCCAAUAAACGAGUUGAGUUACAAGGAAAAAA